GGCCCGGAGAGAGAGCGGAAGUUGAGAGGGCUGACGGAGCUGGGGGAACUGUGCCUGGAUGGAACCUUCCGGUCCGCGGCUCCGCCCCCGCCGAAGGGGCUCGGCUCCGAAAUUCAAGAUGGAGUCCCCGAGUAGGGCUGGGCAGGAGAUGAGUCUGGCGGCCCUGAAGCAGCACGACCCCUACAUCACCAGCAUUGCCGACCUCACGGGCCAGGUCGCUCUGUACACCUUCUCCCCCAAAGCUAACCAGUGGGAGAAAACUGAUAUAGAAGGGACUCUAUUUGUAUAUAGAAGGUCAGCUUCGCCUCACCAUGGUUUUACCAUUGUAAAUCGGCUGAAUAUGCACAACCUAGUUGAACCCGUGAAUAAAGAUUUGGAAUUUCAGCUCCAUGAACCAUUUCUACUGUAUAGAAAUGCAAGCUUGUCAAUAUACAGUAUCUGGUUUUAUGACAAGAAUGACUGUCAUCGCAUAGCAAAACUCAUGGCUGAUGUGGUAGAAGAGGAGACACGACGAUCGCAGCAGGCUGCUCGAGAUAAACAGAGUCCCAGCCAGGCCAAUGGCUGCAGCAACCAGAGGCCCAUCGACAUCCUUGAGAUGCUGAGCAGAGCGAAGGAUGAGUAUGAGAGGAAUCAGAUGGGUGACUCAAAUAUCUCUAGCCCUGGAUUACAACCAAGCACUCAGCUCUCCAAUCUGGGAAGCAUUGAGACUCUGGAAGAGACACCCUCUGGGUCACAAGAUAAGCCUGCUGCAUCUGGACAUAAACAUCUGACAGUGGAAGAGCUGUUUGGAACAUCUUUACCAAAGGAACAGCCAGCAGUUGUGGGUCUAGAUUCAGAAGAAGUGGAGAAACUACCAGAAGACACAUCCCAGAAAGAGCCUAGCUCCUUCCUCCCAUUUCCCUUUGAUCAGUCAGGAGGAGCCCCUCAGUCAGAAAGCCUGGGUGUCCAUUCAGCCACCCACCAUGCUGUCCAGCCUGAAGUCACCACUCCGGUGCUGAUCACUCCAGCUUCCAUCACACAAUCCAGUGAAAAGCAUGCCCCGAGCUACGGCAUCCCCUUGAGUCCUGUUCUCAGUCCCACUCUACCAGCAGAAGUUCCCACUACACAGGUUCCCCCCAGCUUACCUCGAAACAGCACCAUGAUGCAGGCAGUGAAGACUACACCUAGACAGAGGUCUCCACUCCUGAACCAGCCAGUCCCUGAACUAAGCCACACCAGUCUAAUAGCCAGCAAAAGCCCUUUCAGAGCUCCGCGGAGCAUGACAAACACGGCUGCUACAUCCCUCCCAAGCAUUGAUCUUCUCCAGAAACUCAGGUUGACCCCACAGCACGACCAAAUACCAACACAGCCACUUGGGAAAGGUGCAGUGGCACCCAGCUUUUCUCCAGCAGCUGGCCAGCUGGCCACACCUGACAGCUUCAUAGAGCCUCCCUGUAAGGCAGCAGCAGCAAGAACAGCAGCCCCAGCCUCCCUGAGCAACAUGGUGCUUGCUCCCCUCCAGUCUAUGCAGCAAAACCAGGAUCCUGAAGUAUUUGCCCAACCCAAGGUGUUGUCCAGUGCCAUCCCGGUUGCAGGCCCUCCAUUGGUUACCGCAACAACUACUGCAGUAGCUUCAGUCUUGCUGGCCCCAAGUGUUUUCCAGAACACAGCUCCAAGGUCUGCAGACCUUGAGAGGAAAACAGGCCCCCCAUCUCCCCUCACCGUUACAACUCCAGAAAAUCAGAAAAAGCCUUCCAUUAUUCUCAGCAAGUCUCAGCUCCAGGAUACAUUAAUACAUCUAAUAAAGAAUGAUUCCAGCUUCCUUAGUACACUUCAUGAAGUUUACUUGCAGGUUCUGAACAAGAACAAAGACAACCACAACCUAUGACUGCCAUGGAGUAGACCUGGAGGCAAGAGUCAGCCCCACAAAUAGGCUUCAUUAUGGAAACCUGUCUCUGAGUGGAACAUGGAGUUUUGAGAAUCCUGAAAUUGAGCCUAUGAGAAAGAGACUCACGCCUUUGAAUGUUUUCCAAGUGACAUUCUCAGUGAUAAUGGAGGUUUCACUGUGAAGCAUCACCAGCAGACCUUUGUUUUGACAAAAACAAAAAAGAUCGUUAUGUCCUCUGGGUGUUUUCAUCAGCUGUGAGCACAUGUGUGACAUAAGGAGUCUGACUUUUCAGUUUGUUUUCACCUUCAAGGACUUGGGGAGAGUGGUCACCAGCCUCGAAGCCAAGCUCAGCCUCAGCAGCAGCCCUCCCUCCUCCCACCCCUAGAAACCCUGGCUGAUGGUCAAGUUCCAAACUAAGCAAGAGCUAGCUCUGCAAAGUAGCUUCACUUUUAAGGAUCAGAGUUCAGGUUGAUGAAUUAGGAAUUAUUUGUUCAAGUGAAGUAUAUUUUAUAUGAGCACCCCCAUUUGGGCCUUAAGAGUACUGAAAUUUCCUUGUGUUUUGUUUUUAAGUAUCCCCAGUCUUGCCAUGUGGUAGGCCCCAGUGCAGCAUUGCUAUUUGACCAGGGCCUUGCAAGGAGGCUCUUUGGUGAUGUAGGAAGAGGCAUGUGACACCUUUGAGGCUGGGGCUGCACAUGCCCAGAUCCUACUAGAAAUCUCCAUUUUAAGUUACACUCUCCAGUGGUUUUGAAAAUGUUAAGUUUGUGUGUGAAACACAGCCUUAUUUUCCUUUUCUGUCUAAACACAGAAGUCAUUGUUAAUUGUUUUCCUUAACACUUUGACAAAAGGACCAGUGGACCAACCUGACAAAGCCAUUUUGGUUCCAUUCCUCAAGUGUACUGAAAACAGUUUAAAGCUAUGCAGAAAAAGGAGCUGUUAUUCACACUGCCCUUACUUUCUUGUAGAAUGUGGAGUUAAAAAGAAAGCGUGAGAUUCAGAACUUUACCAAUGUAUUUCUAGGCUGUGAAUCCUUUCCCAGCCCAAAGUGUGAAAUAUAUAAAGACGCUUUGUUAUGCUGCUAUUGAUCUGCCAUGAUUUAUACUUAUUCUUUUAUGGCAUGUAAUGAUGUUUAGUAAGAUUUUAAUGUAGAAUUGGAUUUAUUUCAGCAAUAGUAAUUUUAAGAUAUUCUUUGAAUGAGUGUCUUUGUUUCUAUGAUACAGGUCAUUUUGUAGUAUUUAACCUAUUAAGAUGCACUGCUUACUUUUCUGAGCACUAUUUAAUGAUGGGGGAAAAACCCAAUUGGCUCAACCAGCUAGCAUAAGGAUUAGCUGUGAAUAAUGCUGACAAAUGUGAUGGUUCCUCGGGAACAAUCAUUUAAGCUUUAAUGGUAACUCAGUCGUAAAUCCAUAGAUUUCUUUCUAGCUGAAUUUUUAGAAAAUUACUUAUGAAUUACAUACUUGUUUUAGUUUGGCCUAGGUUUUUAGCAUAAAGAAUACCUUGUUUGGUUGGCUUCUGUAAAUCUGGGCAAGCUUCCUGAACAAUGUUUCUGCUUCUCAAUAUAGUAUAUUCUUUUGUUGUCUACCUAGUUAGAUGUCCAUUGUGCAGAAUUCAGGGAAGCUUGUAAGUUAUAUUCAACUAGGAAUAGUUUGUUUUCAAAGAUAGUAUGUAAAUUCAGCAACCAAAAAUGAACUGCUCAUGCAUCAUCUGGGAAAGAUGAAGUUGUAGUAAGAUUAGGAGUGUGGCUGAUGCCAGGAGAUGGUGUCCAAGGGGCCACGCGGCUGUUCUCAUAAUAUGACAUACCAGUAGGUUUGAUCACACCCAACUAUAGUCUCAGUAGGCUUCAGUAAACAGACAUAUCAAGAGAUGUAUAAUGGACAUUUGAAGUUAAAUGAUGCUUUUGUAUAUGUAUGGUAAUAUGUGAGAUACAGAGCAAAUAUUCU